AUGACAAGUAAAAAGUGCUCGUCAAGCAAGCAACGACAACAUGAACACGACAGAUGCCAUCCAGUCACCAGUCAGCACCAAGAUUUGAUAACAUCAAGUGAAGUCAAUCCUGCAGAAAAUAAUGAGUUGGAAAUGUAUAAAAACGACGUCUUAGUAACACCAUCCUUACGAAGUAGUGUCUGCUCCGAGAUUGUUAGAAUCGAACAAUUUCCUGAAGAAUAUGAAACGAAUAUUGGAAGGAUUGUCAAGAAGUUUGAGGCGGUGAGACAGUGGACCCAGAGGAAGAGACACCAGAGGGAACUGGAACGUCCAGACUCCUUCCUCCAAAAGUUUGCCAUAGGUGAUAUAGCUGAUGGACAUGAGAAAGACAAGAGUAAAAACAAUUGUGAAAGAAGCUACCAAACCCGAACGUUUGUCAUGGAUCCAACAUGUAACCUACACUAUCAUUGGCUGGCUGUCAUCACCCUAGCCGUCCUCUACAAUACUAUCUUUAUUAUUGGUCGCAGCGUCUUCUGGAAGCUACAAAACCUCCAGCCUGUCCUGUGGUAUCUUCUGGACUAUGUGUGUGAUGGUAUUUAUGUAUUGGACAUGGUAUUUCAAGCCAGGACCGGUUAUCUCCACCAGGGUCUUCUCGUCCGCGAUGCCAAGAGACUGUUCUCCAAUUACAUGAGAUCCCAGCAUUUUAAACUGGAUAUUUUCAGUCUGUUGCCGACAGAUAUUAUGUAUUGUGUUCUGGGAGUUUCUUGUGAGCAGCGUGUACCGUGUUCAGUCAUUGUUCGUGUGAACAGACUGCUACGCUGGCACCGGAUGCUGGAGUUCUUUGGCAGAACAGAGACACGAACAAGCUUCCCGUAUGCCUUCCGAAUAGCUAAACUUAUAUUCUACUUAUUAGUUAUAAUUCACUGGAACGCCUGCAUCUAUUUCUCCGUGAGCUACUACAUCGGUUUCGGGUCGGACAGUUGGGUUUACAAAAACGUGAGUGAACCCAAAUACAGCACUUUUCGUCACCAGUACAUCUACUGUUUUUAUUGGUCCACGCUGACGCUGACAACCAUCGGCGAGGUCCCUGUUCCGGAAAGAGACAUUGAAUACCUCUUUGUCGUUAUCGAUUUCUUGGUUGGUGUUCUUAUCUUCGCCACGAUUGUCGGCAAUGUUGGCAGUAUGAUUACCAAUAUGAAUGCUGCCCGGGCAGAAUUCCAGAACCGAAUGGACAGCAUCAAGCAAUAUAUGGAAUUCAGAAAAGUCUCCAAAGAGCUGGAGAACCGCGUGAUCAAAUGGUUUGACUACUUGUGGACCAACAAACAGUCGCUGGACGAAGAAGCCAUCACGUCCAUGCUGCCGGACAAGCUCAAAGCUGAAAUUGCCAUAAACGUUCAUCUUGCCACUUUAAAGCAGGUAAAACUGUUUCAGGACUGUGAACCGGGACUUCUUGUUCAGCUAGUCUUGAAACUUCGGUUGCAGGUGUUCAGUCCAGGAGACUAUAUAUGUCGCAAAGGAGACGUGGGUAAAGAAAUGUACAUUGUAAAGCGAGGUAGGUUAAGUGUAGUUGGUGACGACGGAAAGACUGUGUUUGCCACACUUAGUGACGGAAGUGUGUUUGGUGAACUGAGUAUUUUAAACAUAUCUGGUAUGAAGACAGGAAAUAGGAGGACGGCCAAUGUCCGCAGUGUCGGCUACUCAGAUCUGUUCUGUCUAUCGAAGGAGGACCUCUGGAGCGUGCUGGAAGAAUACCCGGAGGCCAAAAAGCUGCUAAUUGAACGUGGUAGGCAGAUUCUCUUGAAAGAUGGACUCUUGGAUCAGGAACAACUGAGAACAACUAAUCAACAAAUGAAAAAGGUUCAACAACAGUGCACAGACUUUGAGCAAGGAUUGGACAAUAUCCAAACUCGAUUUGCUCGUCUUCUAGCUGAAUACUCAGCUUCUCAACUGAAAAUGAAGCGUCGGAUAACUCGACUAGAGAUGAUCAACUACCCUGGAAGACAAAAUAGUGACGAUAACAGUGGUGAAGUAAACCAGAACAUUUGCGAUAUCUUAACUGGACCAAAUGAUCACAGAUGUGAAGUUCAUCAAAACAGCCAGGAUAUAUUUACUGGACCAAAUGAUCACAGUCGUGAAAUUAACCAGAACAGCCAAGAUAUCUUUACUGGACCAAAUAAUCACAGUGGUGAAGCUAACCAGAAUAUCCAGGAUAUCUUUACUGGACCAAAUGAUAACAGCAGUGAAAUUUACCAAAAUAGCCAGGAUAUCUUCACUGGACCAGUUGUUAACAGUAGUGAAAUUAACCAGAACAGCCAGAAUAUCUUUAUUGGACCAAAUUAUAACAGUACUGAAGUUAAUCUAAACAGCCAGGAUAUCUCUAAUGGACCAAAUGAUCACAGUGGUGAAGUUAAUCGAAACAGCCAGGAUAUCUUUACUAGACCAAAUGAUAACAGCAGUGAAAUUUACCAAAAUAAACAGGAUAUUUUUACUGGACCAGUUGUUAACAGUAGUAAAGUUAACCAGAACAGCCAGGAAAUCUUUACUGGACCAAUUGUUAGCAGUAGUGAAGUUAAUCGAAACAGUCAGGAUAUCUUUACUGGACCAAUUGUUAGCAGUAGUGAAGUUAAUCGAAACAGCCAGGAUAUAUUUACUGGACCAAUUGUUAACAGUAGUAAAAUUAGGGAGUCCUAG